AGGUCCUACGUCCGCAUCUGGCAGGCACGCGUUGAGCGGAAGUGAAGGCAGUGGCCUCAUUUGCUAGACGUUUUUCUUUCUUGUCUGCGUCUUUGUGUGUGUGUGUGUGUGUGUGUGCGACUGGCCCAACAAGUGAUCACGUGAUUCGCUAACGCACACAGGAAGGCAACUGCGUUAGCCUCCUUUUCUUUUCUGUUUGCACCCUUUAAUUUAGCUGAGUUCUCUCAAGGCGGGAAACUCUUCUCCCGACUUCCUCCUUACCGCCGUCGAGGCAGUAAUUCCUUUUUGCUUCUUUGCACACUGCUCUCAACUGUCGUCGAACAGUGUUCCACAAUCGUUCUUUCUCGUUCUUUGUUUUCUUCUUUCCGCGGCAGUGACGUAUUUUGCAUGAGUGUCGGGAACGCUGUUUUUGGUCGCGACGUUGGACUGCUCUCUCGUUCCUCGAAGCUGCCGAAGCUUUUUUUUCUCGUUCUUCACCCCCCCCCCCCUCUCUCACGUAUCGCCGGCUUUGGCUCUGUAUCAAUAAAUGAAACUUUUUGUUGUAUGUUUGUUGCUACUGCUGCACCUUUAAUUGGGCUUUUUGUUUCUUUAUUUCCUUAUUGGCUUGUUCUCCAUUUACUGAGCGCAGCUUUAUUUAGUGGGUUCGCACUGCAACGGCUCUAUAGCUCUUCUUCUUUUCUUUUUUGCGUGUGCACGAAUGGACGAGGUCAGCCUGGACACACUUCUCCUUGGCGGCGAGUGCGAUGUGCAGUGGGGCACGCAGGGAUCGUCGACGGUGCACCGCACCAUCGAAAUCCAUACAAACAACCUUUUGUACUGCUUCGACGAGCCGAAGAAUUCCAUGGCGAAGCACGCCAAGGAGAAGGUGUACUUGGAGGGCUGCCACGUCGUGGACGGCGGCGCGUACAGCGGUGAGGAUGAGCGGCUGCUGCUUUUUCUAGUCAACUACGACUAUGCGGAAAAGGUGGAUCUUCUCGGCAACCGCCGCGCUUACAUUUUUGCCCCGGGGAAGGACAGCCAAGCAAACGCGAGAGCCACCACCGCCGAAUUACCUGGUGCAGACUACGCAGUGCAGCUCUUCAUGACAGACAAGAUGCUGAAAUGGCGUCUCCUGCAGGCGAUUCAGCGCGCUUCUCAGGAGUAUUCGCACCUUUUUUCCGAUUCUCCGACUGGCAACGGGCUCGCUGGUGUUGGCGCACUGGGGGGCGGUGGGCGAGCUUCGUUUGCUCAUGCCAACGUGCCAAACCGUUUCGAGUCCGAAGUGUUGUACCACGCCCCACCAGUGCACACGAGGCAGUCCUCCGACAUCAGCGUCCUGUCGGAUCACGAGGUGCUGCAGCUGUCGGAUGUCCUGCGCGAGUACGACGCGAUGCAACAACAGCAGCAGCAAAGAGUGGCGAAUGCCAGCCUCUCGUCGCCGCUCGUUGCACAGGAAGAUGUACGCAAAGCAGCCGCUGUGGAGGAAGUGUUAGACGCGGAUGAGGAAGCGUGUCUGCCGGACAACAUCGUGGACAGCACUCCCGCUGCCGCUGCCACCGCCUCUUCCUUUGCUUCUGCUAUGCCGGUUCGCCUGCAGCACUCCCCGCUGUACGACUCCUGCAUCUGCAGCGAGCCCGCCAAUCAGAUGUGUGCGGACUGCGAGGCGGCCUUCCCAUCGUGGUGCCUUUUACAACCCUUUGGCGCCUUUGUGUGCAUUGAGUGCAUCGGCGUGCACCGCAAGCUGUGGUCGAACAAGUGCCGCGGCGCUGAACUGGACUUGUGGCCUGCGGCGGACAUCGCUUUUAUGCACACACGUGGCAACGCCGUCGUGAACGCAGAGCUGGAGUACUACGUGGCCUUCCCGGAGGACAGCGUCGAGGCGGCCUUGCGCGUGGACCCGCCAGUGAAGCCGGUCGCCGCGUUUUCCUCCGUUGAUGUUCGUGAGUCGUACAUUCAGUGGAAGUACGACGAGCAGCUUUUUACGCAGCGGCGACACCCCAGCGCGACGCAGCCGCUGCCGCCAUGUCCAGACCCAGUAGGGCUCGAGCAGUCCCGCCUGUCCGCUGCAUCAAGUGGUGCUGCUGUUACUGCUACUACUGCCGCCGCGGCAGCACGUGACGGCCAGGGGUGCGCCAACAUCGGCCUCCACACCUCCCCCACACAGCAGCAGCGGGCGCUUCUCCGCGACGACGGUCCGCCGCGCUACACGGGGCUGCUGAAUGUGGUGGUGAAGGAGCUGGUUGGGCCGGAGUCCAUCACGGGGGCGGUGUGCGUCUUGACAAACGGCUUUCAGACCCUCCGCACGCACGUCAGCCGCCAACUGCUGCACAUGCACCACUCCACCGCGUGGGAUGCGCACCUGCAGCUGGGGAUUGAAAGCGCAGGGCGGAAGCCCAUCUACUGCACCGUCUACCGUGGCAGGGGUGAGCUGCUGGCGACGGGUGAGGUGUGGCUGAAGGAGGAGGUCUUUCGGCCCGGCACCAGCUCCAUGUUUGCGGUGGCACUCACGUGGAGUCAGCUGCACAAGCGGGCGAGUCAGCGCAACGCGACGGAGCAGUGGGAGAUCACGUUCCUGACGUCGUAUCAGAUGCUCCUGUAG